AUGGGCGGGGUGGAUGUGCAAGGCUUGAGGAGCGCCGGUCAAAGCGUGGUGGAUCUGACGAUUGGCAACAGCGCAGAGGCGGUCGCGAGGAGAAGAGCUUUUUGGAGAGCGGCGGUCAUCAACAUCUCGCUCAUCGGCAGCUGGUAUUUGUUUUCGACGAUCAUGAGCCUGUACAAUUCUUGGCUCUUUUCCAAGAAGCGCUACGGCUUCUCAUAUCCCCUCUUCGUCACCUCCAUGCACAUGCUCGUGCAGUUCGCACUCUCCAGCCUGCUCUUGAGCUUGUGCAGCAGCUGGGUGCCCCGCACACGAUCUGGAAAGCGGGCGCGCCCAGCUGCGAGGGACUGGGCUUCGAAGGUGGUGCCGUGCGCUUGCGCCACAGCGCUGGACAUAGGGCUUUCGAAUCUGAGUCUCAAGACGAUCACCUUGACGUUUUACACCAUGUGCAAAUCCUCGAACCUCGCCUUUGUGCUCAUCUUCGCCUUCCUCUUCCGUCUGGAAGUGGUCAGGCUCAGCUUGAUAGGCAUCAUCACUUUGAUCACGAUCGGCGUCGUCAUGAUGGUAGCAGCCGAGACGCAGUUCGUGUUGGAAGGUGCGAUAGAGGUGCUCACAGCGUCGGCGAUGGGAGGUCUUCGGUGGGCCUUGACGCAAAUCUUGCUGGAUAGAGAAGGUAUGGGCAUGAACAAUCCGGUCGCCACCGUUUUUUGGCUGGCUCCCGUCAUGUUCGUCGCCAUGAUCAGCGUCAGCGCUGCGGUCGAGAAUUGGGGCGAAAUGUUUAGCAGCAAAUUCUUUGAAGGACUUGGGAACACUGUUAGGACGCUUGCGCUCGCCAUUGUUCCAGGUGCCUUCGCAUUCUGCAUGAAUCUGAGCGAAUUUGCACUUAUCCAAAGGACAUCGGUCGUGACGCUCUCAGUCGCUGGGAUCUUCAAGGAGGUCUCAACUAUCUUUAUAAGCUCCACGGUAUUCGGGGACGAAUUGACUCCCAUCAACGUGACGGGUCUAUGCAUUGCCCUGGUCGGCAUCGGACUGUACAAUUGGCUCAAGUACAGGUUGCUCGUAUCCGGAGGCGCUAGUCAUGAAGCAUCUUCGCACGGGACGCGGGACGCAGGCUACGAAGCCGUUCCUAACCCUCUUCGCAAUGGUCGGAUCAGGUCGCCAUUGCCUGAUCGAGAAGAGCAUGAAGACGAGUGGGCAGAUCAGAAUCUCGCUGAAGACGAGGAAUCUCUGGCCAUGUCUGAGAGGGAGGAUGGAGCUGCUUUGAGCGAGGCCGAGCUGGACAGGAGAAGGAAAAGGGAGGAAGAAGCCGACAUGGAUGGCGGAGGAGUUUGGAAGACCGGCCAAGGCUUCUUCGAAGACAGCGACGAGGAGCGUUGA